GAACCUUCGUAUGUUAUUUUUAAAUCAUAUUCCACUUCAAUAUUUUAGGAUUACCAAUUCUUUCCUAUAGUAAAUACAAUAUUACCAAAGGAGAAAGACGAAAAUAGAAUGAACGAGAAGAAAAACGGAUUUUCAACUUCAAAAUUAGAUUUAAGUAACAGAAAUAUAACGAGUCUAAACAUAAGUACACUUAUACCCCCUAAUAUAACAGAGUUAUAUAUUUCGAAUAACAAAAUAAAAGAUUUACCAGAUGAGAUAUUAAAUCUUAGAAAUGUAAGGGUUUUGGAUCUUUCAUUUAAUGACAUAGAAUAUUUCGACAACACGCCAAUUUUCUAUGAAACCAUAGAAUAUCUGGAUUUAAGCAACAACAAAUUGUUAGGUCCACCACAUUGGGUAUGGACCUCAAACCCAAGUAAAUUAAAUAAACUGAACCUAAGUUCUAACAUUCACAUAACAGAAGCUUUUCAAAAUGGUUACUUUGAAGAAAUAUUGAAAUACGAUUGUCUAGCCCAAAACAUAAUAAUAUACAAUUGCAACUUAAAAAAGCAUAAACACUUAUUAGGAACAUUUAAAAAUGCGAAACAAUUGGAAUAUGGUACAUCAAAUAUAAGCAAAUUUUGUCAUACAAAUAAAACGGACACUGUGGUAUGGAAAAUUUUGGAAAAUAUUAAUGAUUUAGAAGUAUUAAAUCUAAGUAAUACUGCCGUGUGGUAUAUAGAGCCUUGUAUUGGUAUGUAUAAAAAUCUAAAAGUAAUAGAUCUCACAUACAAUGAAAUAUCAAAACUGCCAGAUGAAUUUUGUGAUAUAAAGACACUUGAAAUAUGUAUAUUAUCACACAACUAUAUCAUGUAUUUACCUGACAAAUUAUUCAAGUUAGAAAAAUUAAAUACCCUUACUAUAGACAAUAACGAACUAUGUAUGCUACCAACAUAUAUAUGUAAAAUGCCAUGUCUUAGAAAACUAGACUUGUAUAAUAAUUUUUUAAAUGAAAUGCCUGAUGGGUUAGAUAAAUUCGAUGAAAUAGAUCUGGCAAUGAAUUAUUUUGAGGAACCUAGUCAUGAAGAAUAUGAAAGGAAAAAAGAAAAAAUGAGAUCUAAUGUUACGGACAGAUUUGAUGGCAGAAAAAAGGUUGAGGAGAAAUCAGACAGCGAACAUACUCAUCUUACUGAUGAUGAACUCAUCAGUUGCGGAAGUGAAAGUAGAGGUGAUGAUAAUCGACCACUGAGCUCACCGGAAGACUGGGAUUCUGAUGAAUAUUGGAUACCACAUCUAACCCCUAAGACUAACAACCCACAGUCACCCUGGAUAUUCUUUGUUAAGAAAAAAAUUAGUGAAGGAAACUUUUGUCCCAUUGAUAAUCACACAGUACCUAUAGCAGACCAAGUUAAAUAUGAAAAAUUAUGUAAUCCCACAAUUGACUAUGAGACAGACGGACAAUAUGAUGAUUUAUCUGAUGAUGCUAGUUAAUAAUGUAUAAGAGAUCUUUUUAUAAUAUAUAUAUAUAUAAUAUUUAAUAUUUACUAGACAUAGCUGAAUUAUGCUUCUACAUUAUAUAAUACUUUUGUUUUUUUUAUAACAGAUAAAUCAUUUAAAACAUACAAACAAAUACUUUCAAUAUACACAUCUUUAUAAAAUGUUCCUAAUCUAUAAUAAAAAUAAGUCUACCUCAUAAAUAGCUAGUGUACCUUUAGCUAAGUGCAUAAUAGUGCCUG